AUGCGCCGGCGUACUGAGUACUCAACUUCACCGCAGCCCAACCCGUACCCAAGGAUAUCAGGAAGCAGCGCAUUUAGCGAUAAUGCGCUCCCCGACGAAGAUUGGACGCAAAUCACAGACCUCACGGAAAGACGCCGCAUCCAAAAUCGGAUUGCUCAACGAAAUUAUCGCAAAAAGCUCAAGCAACGAAUGGAGAAUUUGGACAAAGAAGAGCGAGACGGCAGUGGUGGUGCUCGAGUUUCGUCAAGACCGUCUUCGGAAACCCCGCCAUCACAGGAUCGAGUAGCGGCAGGCAAAAGCCAACACAGUUUACACAUGCUGGAUAUGACUUCCAAGGAGCUUGCGGCUAGAAACCAAGAAAAUGAGAUGUAUUCGUAUGAUUACCAACAGCCGUACUUGUCGAGUUCCACGCCAGAGAUGCCAUCUUCGACCCUACCAUACUCCGAGAGCUACGGUUACGCUCAGUAUCCAGCGCAGCCAUCGUACUAUUCAGCAACUACCGCAUAUGAACCCCUACUGCUUUCUCAAGGCCACAUUCACAACACCACCGCAUCCCACCAAAUUGAGGCUGUUGGGAACCGGGUUUUCAUGGCUGAUGUGGGAAACUUCUUGGAAAGUAACAAUACGAAUUACACAGAAAUGGGCAUUCAAGCAACCCUGCCUGUACACCAACAACUUCAGUCUCCCAUGUCGGAGCCUUACUGCUACGGGUACUACGAUCCAAACGGUUACUCCGACCCAGACCCCUUCAAGCAAUACAACCAGAGAAAUUACCACCAGGGCUAA